AUCCACCUCGCCCGCCCGUUUGCCCGAGUGACUCUCAUUGCUUCCGUAACGGCUUCACCCAGUGUGUAACUGGACACAUAAUUAUUUUUACGGGUGAAUAUUUUGCAGAAUUUACGUAUCAUCGGUUCAAUCAGGCGGAAAAAUGGCAGAGGAGAAAACGGAGUUUGAUUGGGGAAAUGAAAAAUUACAACGUGCUCAAAAGACUGUUGACGAGUUGCCAUAUGACUUGGAAGCAUGGAGUAUUCUCAUCAGAGAAGCACAAAACAGACCGAUCACGGAAGUGAGGCCAGUGUUUGAGAAACUUGUUUCUGUAUUUCCCUCCGCUGGACGUUAUUGGAAAAUUUACAUAGAACAAGAGAUGAAAAUGCGCAACUUUGAAAAGGUGGAAAAGCUUUUCCAAAGGUGUCUCAUCAAAAUAUUAAAUAUUGAAUUAUGGAAACUGUAUCUUUCUUAUGUCAAAGAAACCAAAGCGAGUUUAGCUACAUAUAAAGAAAAAAUGGCGCAAGCGUACGAUUUUGCAUUAGAUAAAAUCGGGAUGGACAUACAUUCCUACAGCAUUUGGAAUGAUUACGUAAUGUUUUUGAAGAGUGUAGAAGCAGUCGGAUCGUACGCUGAAAAUCAGAAGAUCAGUGCUGUACGAAAGGUGUAUCAACGAGGCGUCAUUAAUCCUAUGAUAAACAUGGAACAACUAUGGAAGGACUACAUGGCAUUCGAACAGAACAUUAACCCAAUAAUCGCAGAAAAAAUGGCUAUCGAACGAUCUAGGGACUAUAUGAAUGCAAGACGCGUCGCGAAAGAGUUAGAAGCGGUUACAAGAGGUCUGAAUCGAAGUGCACCCAGCAUUCCCCCAACUGGUCACCCCGAAGAAGUCAAACAGGUCGAACUAUGGAAGAAAUAUAUCGCAUGGGAACGCAGCAAUCCUCUAAGAACGGAGGACACAUCACUCGUCGCCCGCCGAGUCAUGUUCGCGAUCGAGCAAUGUCUGUUAUGUUUGGGUCACCAUCCUGCUGUAUGGCACCAAGCGGCACACUUCCUAGAGUUGAGUUCCAAGAUAUUGACGGAGAAAGGUGACGUAAAUGCAGCUAAGAAUCUUAGUGACGAAGCUGCCACAAUGUUUGAGAGGGCGACGAACACAUUAUUGUCGAAGAACAUGUUACUGUACUUUGCGCACGCGGACUUCGAGGAGGGUAGAGUGAAAUACGAGAAAGUACAUCAGAUAUAUCAAAAAUUCCUUGAUAUACUUGACAUAGAUCCUACUUUGGCGUACGUACAGUACAUGAAAUUUGCGAGAAGAGCCGAAGGAAUCAAGUCUGCGAGGACGGUGUUCAAACGAGCGCGAGAGGAUACGAGAUGUAAACAUCACGUUUAUGUCGCCGCGGCGUUAAUGGAGUAUUACUGUACCAAGGAUAAAAAUAUAGCCUUCCGUAUCUUUGAGUUGGGUCUAAAGAAAUUUGGAGAUAAUCCUGAUUAUAUUCUUUGUUACAUAGAUUACUUGUCACAUUUAAAUGAGGAUAACAAUACGAGGGUCCUAUUCGAGAGGGUAUUGUCUUCCGGCAGUUUGGAGCCAGAAAAAUCUGUAGAUAUAUGGAAUCGUUUCUUGGAAUUUGAAUCUAACAUCGGUGAUCUCGCUAGCAUUGUCAAAGUUGAAAAGAGACGAAGUGCUGUAUUGGAGAAGAUUAAAGAAUUUGAAGGCAAAGAGACAGCCGCGUUGGUGGACAGAUACAAGUUUCUGGACUUGUAUCCGUGUACUCCUAUGGAGUUGAGAUCAAUCGGAUAUAUGGAAGUAUCUAGCGUUGUUAAAACCUCCAUCGGUGCUAUACCGCGCGUACCGGAUCCUGAAGAAGCAAUUGCAGCUCUUCCUAGACCCGAUUUGUCGCAAAUGAUCCCGUACAAGCCGAAAGUGAAUCCAUUGCCCGGUGAACAUCCAGUGCAAGGCGGCUCGUUUCCCUUGCCACCGGCUGCGGCUCAAUUGUGCACCAUGUUGCCGCCACCCGGUUGUUUUAGGGGUCCGUUCGUUGCGGUUGAUUUACUGAUGGAUGUCUUUAGCAGAAUUCAAUUGCCUGAUCACGCUCCAUUGCCGGUGGCAGAUAACGGAUGCGAUACAAAACUGUUCGACCUCGCGAAAUCUGUACAUUGGAUCGUCGACGAGAGUAACGACGGUGUGAGCAUCGGAUCGAAACGUAAACGAACGCGUUUAGGUGGCGACGACAGCGAGGAGGAGGACCUACCGCCUCCGCCAGUGAACGACAUUUAUCGCCAAAGGCAGCAGAAGCGAGUCAAAUGAAUGAGAGAAACGCGCGUCAAGUAAGUGACGCACGGUGUACGAGCCAUCUAUACGCAUGACGAUGCAUUUGACGUGUGUAUAUUUUUCCAUAUGAUUUGGAGUUUUGCGCGACCAUUAAUGCGCUGGUUGUUGAAACGAACGGACCGAGAUUGUACUCAUUAUUGCGAGAUUGUACAUUUCGUACUGCGUGUGUUAUGUAUGUACAGUUGUUAGAUUCUUUAUGUGACACUAUGCACGGUACAUCGAGUACUAUGUACUCAGGAUCCAUAUCUUCAUGUAUCUACAUUUCGAUCUUCUAUCCAUGCCAUUGCUUAUAUAUAGAUAAAGUUUAAGAAUAAUUUGAUGGAGACGACAAUGAAUUAUAUCCAUUUAAUCUGGUUUAGUAUUUCUCACCAUUAAAUCAGUAGUGAUACAAAAAUAAAUACACGCGCACACGCGCGCGCGCGCAUAGAUGCGUAUAUGUAUGUGUACGUGUAUGUAAAUGAGAUUUAUAUUAAGUAAUGUAUAUUAUUUUUUAAAUAAGUUACAUAUAUAUAUAUAUAUAUAUAUAUUGAUUUAUAUACACAAUACGAAGAAGUAUACUGCCCUCUGAUCAUAUAAAUUUCUGUGAUUCGUGUGAACUAUGAGAGUAAUUGAUACAAUUUUGUGCAGUUUUGAAAUUGAUAUUGCUGAAAGGCUAUAAUAGAAGUGACUUAAAUCUAUCACUGUAUAAGAUGAUUUUGCUGUAUACACAAAUUCUGAUGUAACUAUAGUCGAAAUCGCAUUAAUAUUUUUGCUUCGCGGAGAUCGCUAGUACAGCAUUCAUUUAAAUAUGUGUAACUUAUCGUACAGGACCAAUAAACGAUUAAUGUGAUAUUGCAUUAUUU